GCCAUGACCUUCGUCAUGGCCGUCAUCUUCCGGAUGGAGAAGGUGGACCUCAAGAAGCCCAGGUGCAUGGCCAAGGUGGCCGGCACGCUCGUCACCGUGGCCGGCGCCAUGCUCAUGACGCUCUACAAGGGCCGCGCCGUGGAGAUGAUCUGGUCCAGGCACGCCCACCUCCCCGGCCCGCACCAGGACGCCGCCGCCGCCGCGAAGGACUGGUUCAAGGGCUCCAUAUUCCUCAUCAUCGCCACCCUCGCAUGGGCCUCCCUCUUCAUCCUCCAGGGCCCGACGCUGACGAGGUACAACGCGCCGCUGACCCUGACGACGCUCAUCUGCUUCGUGGGCACCCUGCAGGCCAUCGUGGUCACCUUGGCCAUGGAGCACACCACCGACGUCUGGAAGAUCGGCUUUGACAUGAACCUCCUCGCCGCAGCAUACGCUGGUAUCGUGACGUCGAGCAUUGCCUACUACGUGCAAGGGCUGGUGAUCCAGAGCAGGGGCCCCGUCUUCGCCUCGGCCUUCAGCCCGCUCAUGAUGAUCGUGGUGGCCAUCAUGGGCUCCUUCAUCCUCGCCGAGAACAUCUACCUCGGAGGGAUCAUCGGGUCCGUGCUGAUCGUGGCCGGGCUCUACUCGGUGCUCUGGGGGAAGCACAAGGAGGACGUGGAGAAGAAGGAGAUCGAGGCGACGGAGAUCCCCGUGGCGAUCAAGGGCGUGGAGGGCAACGGCAGGAUCAUGGACAUGGUGGAGCUGGACGAGGUGGAGCUGGAGAAGGCCCAGGCCAACGGCAAGGCGGUCACCAUCUCGGUGCCGGCCGCCGCCGGGGAAGCCGGCAUGCAGCGCAACGACGAGAACUGAUCGCUGGAGCAAGAGAUGGGUGGAUCUUGAUGCUGUGGUGGUGUGGUCGUCUAGUGCUCUGAGCAGUGGUGGUAGUAACAGUAAGAGUACAGCUACUGGUGGUGAUCUGGUAAAACAUAUGCUGUGAGGGAGAGCUUUGUAACGUCUCUAGCUAAUUAAGCCCAUGCUUUUCUGUGAAAGCCUGUCUUAUCUAUCUGCAUCUCUUGUAUCAGCUACCCACUUCAGAAGUCAAUUAUGACAUAUGAGCCAUGAUUAUGCUAUACCUCAGCUA